AUGUUCCUGCAUUUCCUUGCCCUGGCAUUAGCUUAUGGCGUCUCCGGAAAAGGUGAUUUUAUUUUACAGCCUUAAUUGCCGAAAUAUAGUUGUUCCUAAUUUGUAUUUCCGUACAAGGUCAAGAUGGUACAUUUUUCAUCCAAAACGCUGAACAUUGCCUUUUCAUUUACAGACGACAUUAGCAUCUUGGAAUUCAAACAGAACAGAGACUAUGUUUUUACAAAAAAACUCUAUGGAGACGUUGAGGUAAUCGUUUCCUGCUGGGAGAUGCGAUGACUUCCCAUUGUGCUUGAGGUAACAGAUAUCUUUCCUCCAUUUAGUACAUAACCGUGGACGGCGUGCGGAUUUACAAGGCAGCAGAUGGGUCGCACUGCGUCGCGCCGAAUGACUGCUGGGAAAUUAUAUAUCGUAAGAUAUGCAGUUCGCGCUUCAUUUCUUAAUGCUCUCAAAUACCCAAAUAAAAAUUCUCUGCACAUUUAAUGCACAACUACUUCAUAGGUGUACAACACAUCUUUUAACAGAAGGACGAAUGGAUAUAGCCUUCUACCAGUAGUGAAAUUCUAUAUGUCUUUUAGUCCACGUUUGCAUGUGCAAAUGUGUACCUAAUAGUAUUAACGACAAGGUUGACUGUGGUAGCCAUUUCUAACCUAUCAGCCGGCAUAGAGGGACAAGUGGGUUCCGUAGCGCGAUCAAUGCGUUUCCCUCUACCAGUGUAUAUUCUCAAUCGCAACCGACAGGUAAUAGAGCCCGCGGCCCAGCAGCCAGGGGUGGCGGGAUCGAACCAUAGGUGACGACUGAUAACAAGCCGGGAACGAUCAUUAUAGUUCCCUUUUUCUUUGUUGGUAAUAUCAUGCUGCCCAUAUACAUAUAUGUGAAUGUUUGACCGGUGGGACUAUUUUCAUUCUCAUAUAUUUUCCUCUCUCGCACAAUUACAUCGCAGAUAUUUUAAAGGAAAUCAGAUUACGCGUGUGUUAACAAACACUAUUCUAAUUAUAGGCGCCAUAAUCUGACUUGCUGGCCUACCGAGGAGUCAUAUUUAUGGCCUAUAUUAUGAGCGUAAGCGUAAGGCUCCAAUAAACAGAUUAAAUUAACAAAGACUUUUAUGUGUUUUGUCAUCAUCUCUGUCUUAACCUUGUAAGUGAAUCUUCCCGCCUCUAGCCAAUGAGUACGUCAUUGCUAAUGGUUUCCUGAAGGGGACGCAUGCAACAUUCACGUUACAUCCUGGGUAUCCUACUGGCAGAUGCCCAGUUACAGUAAAAUACAUAAGAGCUGACACACCGAACCGUGAGUAAAAGUAAUCAUUCAGUCAAUUUACAUAAAAAUUUUGUCACGCAUAUGUUUAUAUGCAUUAAAAUCACAUAUAUUGAAAAAUGCAGCUUUAUCUGCCUUAUGAGUCAUAACCCGUAUUGUAAGUUGAUUUGCUGGAAUGUCUUUUAACUCAAGACAUUAAAUGAAUUAACCCCUUGUUAGUUAAGCAGCUUUAAAAUUGUUUUUUUUAAAUAACGCAUCGCCUGAUUUCUCCUCUAGAUCCAUCCACGAUUUCUGGAACAAGAUAUGUUUUUGCGAAAGAAAUCCUCACAAAUGAAAAGCUGCUGUUCAGUGGAAAGGUUUCGGUAAUCAUCGGAAAUCAAUUUCAUUGUCCCAACUACAUGACAAAAAUAGUGCUUCAAGGGCCUUUCAUAAGAACCGUUAGAAUUGCAGGAAAAAGCACGUCAUUACAAAAUUGUAUUACCCUGAAGAACUUACUUAGUCAACGCAUUAUAAUGCGUCACAUUAUAUUAUUUAUAAAUAAAAUGAAGGCAUCAUCAGUUACUAUCGUAGUUUGAUUAUCAUGACCAUAAAAUUGAGUCGCACCUGGGCCUUCAUGCCAAGCAGAUGCAGUUUGUUUGGAUUUGUCAAUGUGAUUUUAGUUAUAGCCAAAGUGAUUCCGACAUUUAGUCUAUUUUAAUGUCUCUGUUUAUGAGCUCUCAAUUAAACAGAAUACGCCAUUUCAUGUUCAUAACCGUUCAGAGUAUAUCUUAUGACGGGUCCAUUACAGCGACAGGAAGAGCUCCCAACUAUAUAUCUCUGGCUGGCUGGACCGGUAAGUGCAUAA